GGCAGACUUUCACGGUUGCACUUUGUUCUGUUGCUUGCUCGCAUCGUCAUUUCACGGAUGCACUGUUGUCACUAGUCAUCGACAACAGUAGUGGUAAUAGUAAUAGUAGUAGUAGGAGCGGUGAUAGAAGCGUACGUAGCGCAAUUCGUUGAGAUACACACCGCAGUGUGAAUACUAUUCCAAAACAGUCCAACAAUGGGUCUCCUGUACAGGCUGCGGAAGAGCGUGGUUAAUUUUUUUAUUUUCUUCUUCCUGGUCGUACUACUGCCGGGACUACCUCCGAACACGACUUUUCCGUUCGAAGGAUUCAGAUUUGCGAAACCCCGCGAGUUAAAAGGGGCACUUGAACCGACCGAUCAUCUUGACAACGCAGAACGCUUGUUUGAGGGAAAGAUUUAUGGGCCGGAAACGAUACUGGUCCAUGGAAAAGAUCUUUUCACGACGAUACACGGCGGUGAGGUGAUUCGCAUCAAUGGCCAACACAUUACACACAUAGCCAAGUUUGGCAAACCUUGUGAGCUUUCUUUCGAAGAGGAAAUUUGUGGCCGACCGCUCGGUAUGGCGUUCGAUACGAUCGGUUCAAAUUUGAUCGUAACCGAUGCCUACUACGGUCUGUGGCUUGUGGAUCUGACAAAGGGCUCCAAACAGCAACUGGUUUCGCCCGACACCGUGCUAGAGGGCAAAGGAGUGAACCGAAAGCCAAAGCUGUUCAACAGUGUGGCAGUGGCGCGGAACGGAGACAUUUUCUGGACGGAUUCGUCCUCGGAUUUCACGGUUCAGGACGGUGUGUUUACCGUGUUUGCCAACCCAUCGGGGCGUCUAUUCCAACUGGAUCGAUCCACUGGAAAGAGCAAAGUAUUGUUGGAUCGGCUGUACUUCGCCAACGGUGUUGCCCUCAGUCCGGACGAUGAGUUUGUGCUGGUUGCGGAAUCGAUGGCAUCGCAAAUCAGACGUUACUAUCUGAAGGGCCCAAAGGCCGGUACGGACGAUAUUUUCAUCGAUGGCUUGCCGGGUCUGUUGGAUAACCUGGUUGCGGACUCGGAAGGAAUCUGGGCCCCACUGGUACAGGCUGCCGAUAGUGAAAACCCGUCCGUUUCGCAGCUAUUGGCCAACGUACCGCUCAUUCGAAAAUUCCUUUGUCGUAUGUUAGCGUUGGCCGAAAUGCCAAUGCGUCUCAUCCACCAGCUGAUACCGAACGUUCACACACAGCGGCUCAUCCAUGCAAUCGGACACUUCGAAUCUAUUGGCUUCCUGGCCCCGAGUCGUCAAACGGUGGUUAAAAUCAGCUGGACAGGAAGAAUACUUGGUUCGCUGCACGGUUCAGAUGGCACUGUUGGUGCGGUUUCGCACGUAGCGGAAAUGGGCGACCAUCUUUACUUGGGAUCGCCUUUCAAUAAGUUCUUGGCCCGCGUUCCACUGCCCAAAAUGCCCAAGAUUGAAGUCCGCGAUGUAAAGUACAAAUCAGCUACGGAAACAACGGCCGUGCCGAAACAAACCACCCCCACUACUCCGAAACCGACGACAACUACACCACAACCAACAACGACAACCACACCUGAACCAACAACAACCCCAAAACCGAUAACUAAAACAACCACUGCUACAACAACAAAACCAACCUCUACGACGACGGCCACGGCAUCGAAGCCAAAAAGCACUGCUGCCCCCAAGGGAACACCGUCAAAACCAACAGAUAACAAAAAGCAAGAAACAAAACCCACGACAGCUUCCACAUCGACUUCGUCAACCGAAAAACCGACAGAACCUGCGCCGAUUCAUGAGAAGGUACCCAACGACACACCAAAACCGAAACAGGAGAAACUGAAGGUGAUUAAGAAGGGAGGUGAUCUAGGCGAGCUGUAGGAAUUCUUAUCAACAGCGUGUUCGAUAAAAUCCGGCAGCUAAACGAACAUCAGCAACAGCGUAUGGUAGGGCGGAACGCUUUACGAAAGCUGUUCAAACGGCACAAUCUUAUCGCGCAACAUUGGAAGAGCUACUCACACUAGAACUCACACAGAACACUAGGAUAAACAGUGCAACUAGUUAACAUUUGCAUAGAAAACAUAUUUCAAGUUUCCUAUUAGUUACCGCAACACUGCCAAACAACAGUACGCUAGUGUCGCGUAGUGCAGAGGCAAUACUAUGUACAAACCACAGAACCGGAAAAACCUGACACAGAUCCAAUCCCAGUGCAUCAGAACCACUACCCAGUGCAUCAUUCCACAAGACCCGAAGACCAGGGACAGUCAUUAGCAGCUGUAACAUUCUUGUUCAAGUCAUUCCACGAGUGAUGUUUUUUCUCCUCUAGUUAUGAUUAUUUCCCUAGCUUAACAUUGUAUUUCCAUUCCAUUGCUAUCGAAGGUCAAGCAAAGUUAAGCGACUACCCCAUGUCAAAUCGGCCUUCAUGUCAAUCCAGAAAAUAUAUGCGUACUUUCUUCCGGUAGGGAAACGAAGGAGAUCACUCCGUCUGUUUUUCCAGAGUAGAAAAACUUGACUGCGAUCUGUGAGAUUAACAUAGCAGGAACUAAAGGAGGAAUCUGGCUAGCAAUAGACUCACUGAUCGGUAUUGAGCUCGGGAAAUUUUCCUUUUCGUAUACUCUCUAGAGGUAAUUAUAUAUACACAUAGUGGCAGACAUGGUCACUUGUGGGUUAAUGAUUAUUUGUUUGUUUUUGAUUUUUUGGCAUACCAACGCAAAAUAGUUGUUAAUCGGUGGGAAAGAAAAACAGAAAAAUAAAUUUGGUUUUCUUGGGUAUAGUGGA